AUGACACUCACCGGACCACCUGACUUAUUGGUAUCAAGUGUGCGUCGAGACAUAAAAGUGAUUCCCAUAACUUCGCUCUCCAAAUCCUUGCAACUCUCCAAAGAAUGUGAUUCUUUAAAUUACAGCACACCGGAAGACAUUAAGAGCAAGAUCAAUAAGCAACACUGCCGUACCUUUGAAUAUAACUCCUUGGAGUACCCAGAACAUCAUAACUACUCAAUGCAUUCCCCGUACAAGAAGAGGCCUGACAGGCACGGAACCAGCCCAGAUAUUGUCUGGAAUGCUCUGGGCCACCAUCAGAGGUAUCGAUUUUCUGCUCCAGACAUUUUCAACCAUAGGUUAACAUCUCAACCAACGGAUGCAAAAAUGAACAGUGCUGUCCCUGAACAAAAACGAAGGGCUCGGUCAAAAAGUGCACCCCGGGUCCAAACUAGUCUCAACCCUAGAUCAUUCGAGUCCUCAUCCUCGGGGAGGAAGGGAAGGGAAUCCCGGUGGACUGUCGGAGAAUCCCAAUGGAGAUCUGAUAUCUCACCUCGUAAGGAGUCGUCCUAUGCAGCAAAUAGAGCUCAUUUCCAUGAAGUGCAUCCCGUUGGACUUGGACUAAGUGAUGACAAUAGAUAUUCACCCUAUUACGCAGCUAAUACUUUUGAAGAGGCAUUGCCAGAUAAACCGGCAACCAGCCCUCAUGUCAGAUGCAGGGUAGACAUUAAACCAAAUGAUUCAGCUUUACAUCACCCUGGACAGAAAAAGCCUACUCCUCCAAUGGACAUCCCCUGGCAGAGGCACCAAAACUGGGGGAGUAGGAGCCUGACUGUGCCCCGUCAUUUCUCUUAUUCGCGAGCACCGACACCCAAUGACUCACUAGGUACAGAGAGUCGACAAGCUUCUCAAAAUUCCUGCAGUUUACCAAAUAAGUACAAACACCAAAUGGAAGUACCUUUCGAAGGAAUGUCUUCUUCUGGGUACGAAAUAGAAAACAGAACUCAUUCCAGUCCUAACAUGCCAUUCCAAAUGUUUUUUGAAGACGAUCCUAGUAGAUAUGUUACCACUGCUCCUCCACGGCCAAGUUCCUAUUUUCACGAUCAAGUUAACGUAGGACAAAGUGCCAAAGUGCAAUAUGUACAUGAUCAAAGAGGUCGAAUAGUUCAGGCUACGGGUGCGAGGCCUUAUUACGGUGAAAUGGAGCACUACCCGUACAGUUUACAGGCUGGCUAUCCAAAAUCCUUUACUGCAAAUGAGCCGGGGCCAUAUAUCAUACAACCACAACCGACAAGAAUAUUUUACGGGGAUGAUCCUAGGUCUUAUCAAAUUCAGACUGCUCCUCCGAGGUUUUAUUAUUCACACGACAUGCAUGCAAUGCCGCCAUUACACCAUAUGCCAGCAAGGGCCCAUUAUACAGACAGCCCCAAAAAUGUGAGAAUCGUUCAGACACAACCAGAUGACUGGUACAGUUCAUAUCCUUCUGGAUAUCCUUCUAAUCCGGUAACCUAUGUGUCUCAAGUCACUCCGACCAGAGCCCAACAAGAAGCUGUAUUGACUCCUUGGUAUUCAAACCCUUCUGCAGAACGUCAAAGAAUAGGAACAGACUCUAAAUCCUACUCAAGAUCGUUGGAUGAUAUUCUCAACUCGCAUGCAGAGAGGGAACAUCCCCCUUCCGUUCAAAGGCAUCAGAGCUAUAACGAUCUAGAUCCAAGAAAACCUGUAGGAGCUUCGGAUGACAAACCACAGCCAGUGGUUGUCAAUCUCUCCACUUCACCAAGACGUUACGCAGCUUUAUCGUUGUCUGAUAACUCUUUAAUCGACCAAAGCCCGCCACCGCCAACGAAGAACACGACUAGCAAACAGUGGUUAGUAACUCCCGAGAUUACAAUCACUGAUAAUGACUUUCGGACUGGGAAUCAUAGGAAAACUGAAGGAAAGUCUGCCAGUUGGGAUAUUCUGGACUCUCGAGACACUGAAGAUCAGCAUGAAAUGAAAGCCUCGAACAAAGAAAAGCCUCAUGAAAACUCCCUUCAGCAAAGCCUUGAACAACUCGAUGAGCUUUUAGCUGAUCUCGUGACAGACUACAAACCUCCCAGUCGAAGGGCAAGCGAGGACAUCCUCGAUCAGCUUAAGAAGCUAAUUGACGAGGAAGAGGCUGUAUCUCUUUCGAGGAAGAGCUCAGAGGCUGUUACGGAGGAACCACUUCCUCUUGACAAGCAGCCAACCUCAGUCAGGUUAAAUCCUGACUCCUUUCAAGAUAUAGAUGGAGCAAGUGAUGCUAUGAAGGGUGCAGAUGAGUGCUCCCCAGAUCAGAGCCCAGAUGAGGACGAUACAAUGAUGUGUUCGAACAACAAAUGCCGCAGAACGGAAACUCUUUUCAACGCUUGCCUUUACUUUAAAUCCUGCCACAGCUGCUACACCUAUUACUGCUCCCGCAACUGCCGAAGAGAGGACUGGGACAUUCACAAAGAGAGUUGUGUUUAUGGUAGAAUUGGCAGCUCGUGUCGACAUAUCAUCAAACAUUGUCGUGAGACUAUUGAAGUCCACAAAGCCUUUUCGCGUCUGGCCAAAGUUGGUUACCUUUCUCGAGGUAGAGGUGUACUCUUCCUCGGUUUCCCAAACACUGUGUCUUCCAGUAACUUUUUGCAGGCAGGCCUGGAUAGUCUACCUAUGUCACCAACAUAUCUGUCCCUAAGAGAGCUUGAAAGUUUCAAGGACAACCUCGGCGAGUACUGCAAAGAGUUGCAAGAAGCUGGAAAAGAAUACGACCCAAAUGAAUGUUUUAUCUUGAAUGUAUCCAUUGCUGUCGGUGAGCAGAUGCCUGACGGACCCUCACCGAGGAACCAAGCUCCAGCAGUCAGAAAAUAUGCAAAGGUUGCUCUGGCUUCGUUUAGCCCCGACAGAAAGAGCCACAAGAAGCAGGGUGAUAUGGAAACCCUGAUCCUAACUCCACCGCCGGGAACAGCGGAUAUUGAUAAGGAGGGAGAAGAAGGCAGAAAGGCCCGAGAAAUCUGUUUCAUCAAUAUUCAACGAGAGUUAAGGAUCCGAGGCGUAUUCUUACGCCAUGAAUACCCGCACGUGUAUCAGCAACUCUGUGAGUUUGUGGAAAACAACCUGAGAUUCACCCCUACUACUAUUUAUCCGAUUGAUAAAAGGACAGGGAAACAGUUUAUGUGCAUGAUUAUGGCUGCGUCUGAGCCAAGGACUUUGGACUGGGUAGGAACUCCGCAUCUUCUUGAUGACAUCAUUUAA